AUGUUUAGAUCAACUUUUUUAAAUAUAAAAAGAUUUAGUUAUAGUUAUAGUAGUAAUUCAUUAUUAAGAAAUAGAGUUACUAAUUCAACAAAGUUAUUAUCGAUUCAAAAUAUAAAUAUAAACAACAGAAAUGAUAGCAGUAUAAUAGGAGAAACACAACUUGCUAGAAAUAUAUUCUUUAGUAGUUAUAUUUCAAAUGUUACAGAUUAUCAAAUUACCAAGGAGGAUGAGAUGUUCAGUGAGAUCGAAGAGAGCAAAACAUAUGAGCGUAGAGGUAAUUUCGUGGCCUCUAGGUCCAUUCUUGGUAGAUCGUUGGAAAUGACAGAGCGAAUGAUCGGCAAGAAGAAUCCGAUCACUCUUAAUAUUCUAUUUAGGUUGAUCAAUUGUGAGAUGGCAAUCGGUGAGCUGAGUCGUGCACAACAGUUGGCCAAUACAGUGUUGGAGAGAGUGGACCUCGCCGAUAGUUCAAACGAUCGAUACACCAUUCCAAGUCUCAACAAUCUCAUACUUUGCAAUAAAUAUCAGGGUAACCUACAAUUGGCGGAAUCAAAUUCCGAUAAACUGAUUACACUCGCUCGUGACAGAGGCAACCGAGAGUUGGAAAUUGGAACACUUCUCAACAAAGCGAUCAUCCAAGGAUUGCAAUGCAACGAUGAAUGUCAAAAGCUCUUUGAAGAAGCAAUGAUUCUAUCCAAUAAAUAUUUGGAACCAACUCAUCCACUUAAUGAAAUUAUUUAUGGAAAUUAUGGUAGCUAUUGUCAUUCAGUGGAAAAGGAUGAGAUGGCAGAGAGUCUAUAUAAGAAAGCAAUUGAAUCGGCUCAAUCGAAUAAUAAUCAAAAGGAAUUGUCAAACAUAUUGACAAACUAUUCAGAGUUUCUGUUGGAUAGUGAACAGCUAGACAGAGCGGAGGAGAUGUUAAAGUUGGCAUCGGCCAAGGCAGAGGAGGUUUACGGUCGUCAGAGUGCAAAACUUGGAAGUGUUAUUUAUAUCAUGGCCAAGUUGUAUCGUGCCAAAGGAAAUGCUCAAUGGGCAGAAGGAUUCUUCAAUCGUUGUAUCACCAUCUUUGAAGACCACAAAAAUCUUAGCACAAUGGCACAGAAAGAGCAAGCACAAAAGGAGAGACAGGAAACUCCACAAUACCAAGCAGGUAAGCGUGAAAUUGAACUGCGGACCAACAAAGAGGUCGACAUUGACUAUGGUAACGUUCUAUGGGACUUUGCUCAAAUGUUAAGAGAAAAAGGUAGAGUACCAGAGGCUGUCAAUCUCGAGCAGCGUGCAAGAAAAUUAAAUGCUUUGGAAGAUGAUGAAUAG